CUUGUGCUUUCAUACUGCUGCCAUGCAGCAAUAUUAUGGUGCGCUGCCGCUGGAGGCAGUUCCUCUUUCUGAGAAAUCCGACUCUUCCAUGAUAGAGCAGUAUGCCGACGAACGAAAACCACGAUUCACAAUCCGGUGCUGGGAUAGAGAAGCGGGAAAAUGUCCAAACUCCUAUACCUCCGAAAGACGAGUCAUCACCAGAUCUGCCAGCGGCAAGACAAGAGGAGAAUCCUGAAAAGCAGGCUCAGAGAGGAAGGAUUGUUGGUGGAUCUUUCUUGCAAGCACUCCACGAGAGUGACUCGGACAACGCAGACGAAGGACCAUUGAAGGAAGUGGACAUCCAACUGCCACUCACGUUGUGGGAAAUCACUCUCAAGAAUGAUCAAGAGUAUAUCGUGCUCAAGUUCACCGAUGAUGACAAGGAGGAUCCAUUCAACUGGAGCGUCGGUAGGAAAGCAUGGAUCACUCUCCUCCUGUGUCUGAUGACUUUGUUCAUCGGCUUGGCGACGACAGCCUACAGCAGCGGCAUCGAUCGGAUGUGCGACGAUUUGGGAGUUUCAACGGAGUUGGGACAAUUGGGCCUAUUUUGCUUCAACUUUGCUUGUGCUAUUGCACCACUGUUCCUAGCACCGUUCUGUGAGCUCGUUGGUCGAAGAUUCAUCUAUGUUGGAGCUUACGCUUGCUUCGCCAUUGUCUUCAUCGGAUUGGCAUUGGGCAAGAACAUCGCAACUAUUCUCAUCAUGCGUGCACUCUCCGGUCUUUUUGGUUGUGUUGGAACUAUCUUAGUGGGAGGGACAUUCAGUGAUAUCUAUCGCCCAGACCAUCGAGCAGGACCGAUGGCUUGCUUCUCCUAUGUUGCUAUCUUGGGAACGGUGGCUGCACCAAUAUACGCUAAGUUCAUCGAUGAGACGAUUGGCUGGAGAUGGAUCGAAGGUAUCCAGGGUCUGGCUAAUAUCCCUCUCCUGCUUAUCAUUCUCAUCUCCUUGCGAGAAACCCGAGGAGGAGUCACUCUUCACAAGCGAGCCAAAGCCCUCCGUGCGGCAACAGGCGAUGAACGCUACAAAGCAAAGAUGGAUCUCGAAGCAAAGAAUAUUGAAGAAAUGCUCCACAACUCCUCCGUCAAAGCAGUCCACAUGCUCGUCACCGAACCCGUCGUCUUCGCAUUCGGUCUCUGGAUCGCGUUUGCCUGGUUCGUAACCUUCCUCUUCUUAUCGGUGAUCCCCAUCACCUUCCAAACGAAGCGAGGCUGGAGCGAAGGCAUAGCUGGCCUUCCAUACAUCUCCCUCUGCAUCGGCGUCACUCUCGCCUUUGCCCUCAAUUUCCUCCAAAUUCGAAAAUACAAAACAAUCAUGAACUCCCGCGACCGCAAAAUCCUCCCAGAAUCCCGGCUCUACGGCGCUAUGUUUGGAGCCGGUCUCCUCCCCAUUGGCCUUUUCAUCUACAGCUUCACGCAAUACGGAUACAUCCCCUGGAUCGCGCCCACCAUCGCCCUCGCACCGAUCGCUAUGGGCAUCUUCUUCAUCUUCGAGUCGACAUACAGCUACACCUCUGACUGCUACGGCGAGAACUCGUCGUCUGCGAUUGCGGGGCAAGGAUUGAUGCGGAAUACGCUUGGAGGAGUGGCGCCGCUGUUCGCGAGCCAGUUUUUUCGGAAUGUGGGGAGUCAGUAUGCGGGGUUGAUAUUGGCACUGGCGGGGACGGCGCUGACAUUAAUUCCGUUUGUGAUGUUUAAGUGGGGGCAUGUGUUGAGGGAGAGGAGUAGGUUGGCUAAUAGUCAGUUGGGGGGUGAGGAGCAGAAGGAGAGGACGGGGCUGUAUACUGCGCCUUGCGUUUAAGGGGCCGUCAGAGUGUGGUGUUUGGAUUGAAGAGACUUCUGGGUGGACUAGAGCUUGACUUCUCAUUGGAAAUGGUUUGCAGGUAUUGGCAUUACCUAGUUUCGUUGGCUCUGGACAGAGAUCUCACCGAUUUGUUUGUUUAUAGAGACUCGCAUCUUCAUUGCAAAUUGUGGCGUCCAAUUUGGGUCUUCUAUUUAUGAUUACAUUGCUGGUGUGGGCGUCGAAUAUCAUACUUCAGGACCACUGUGUAUGCAUUGCAGGAGUACUUAGGAAGCAUCAUGAGGAACGAAACAUUAAAUCAAACCGAAUUUGCUUCUCGAGUCCCUGCAUUUGGGAUUGCAAGCAGCCCCAGUGUCUGCUUGUUGGUGA